AUGGCCGAGUUAUUUUGCAUAAACACAGUCAAAGGCAAAGAAGACAUGUUCCAAUUAACGACAGGAUUCUGCGAAAGCGCACUGACGGCCCCUCUUUCGGGUGAUUCCCGUGGUGAAACUUUCACGUUACGAUGGCCUAACCCCUCGCUGCAGGUAAUUGACAUUCAACGGUUUCCGGAAAGAGUAGUGCAAUCUUCUACUCAAUCGCUGUUUUAUCUCGCAUUAUCAGACACCCUCUCACUGAUAUGGCUAGUGAUUCCCCCUUCCACUGGGAUGGAAGAACUUGUCAGUACAUUUCAAAUAGAAAUCGGUUAUUGCGUGAAGCUGAGAGAGUACACUUUAGUUGCCGCCCGAAAUGGGCGGAAUGUCGUUGUGCCUUUGUCCAUUACCCACUCUAACACAGUGUACCCGUUGUUGGGAAACCCAGUAUUUAAUUCCAAUCUCUUCCGUCUUUCAGCCAACGCGCUUGUAUACCGCUACACCAAUACGUGCAGCAGCAGCAGCGCUACGUGGCAGUCAACUCCCCUUGGGGACUACGGCGCGCGGACUAUUCGACAGGUGGUCACAGCGGAGGGGAAAGGGUUCAAUGAUUGUGUCGUUUACCUCCGCGUGGUGUGGAAGAAUAAAAUACGGCAAGUUGCAUCUAGUGGAAUACUUGGGCGGUUCGCUGUGGAUUGCGUGGGAGUCGACGCUGACGGUGACGCCGUUUCUGUGUCAUUCUUCGGCAGUUCUGUGAUUAGUGAUAUGUUUGAUGUUGGUGAUUGCAUCCGAUGUCGAAACCCUGCUUUUGUGGACAAAGGCGAAUCCGGGUACAGUGAAAAACUGAACGUGUUCGAUUGGUCUUCAACUCCGGGAUGCUGUGCUGGAGCUGAACACCUUAUUCCCAAGCAUCCUCGGUACGUGUUUUUUUCUUGUUCGGUACAGUACCUUGUGGAGUGUUGCGAGGUGGGGGACAUUGUUUCCGUUUAUGGAGAGGUGGCGGCGUUCUCCCCAACUACAUUAGUUAACACGCGAUACGGACAUGUUGGGAGGUCAGUAGUUGAGUUGAGAGAUCUAAACUCCCUGCAGCAUUCCAUUGAAGUAACUCUCUGGGGUGAUAUGGGGGCGAUCGUGGUACCAGUUGUUGGUGAGCAGUGGUGCUUUUCGAAUUUUCUUGUCCGUAUUUUCGGUGGUAGAAUUACUGCCUCUAGUAGAUGUGUAAGUAGCGCCUUUGUGAUGAGCCCGAAAGGCCGGGUGGAUGUUGCCAGUAAUGAGCGCCCUGAGGAGCAGCCUCCACACACUUCAAAACAGGAGGAGGUGGCAGGCGGUACACACAACGCCGAUAUUGUGCAGUUGGUUUUUGAUUUGGAUGAAAUAUCCGAGUCGCUACCCGUCCUAGCAAAGGUAAAAGGUGUGAAACAUCCACUGACAUAUACGGCCUGCUCUGCAUGCGGAAGGAAAGUUGGCAAUGAAACCUCCGUAUGCUCGAGCUGCCCUGAGGCGUCGGUGGAAGAGCGCUUUUUAGUUCAACUUGAGUUGUCGGACGGUAUUCGAUCGGCGCGGGCUUUUGGCCUUGAAUCUGUCGGUAAGGAAUUAUUUGGUUUUGAUACAUCAACUUUGUUGAGAUAUCGCAAGGACUCACCGAACUUUGAGCGCCUCAUCACGCAUGAGCUCAUUGGGCUCCCUGCACUUUUUUGGCUUGAACAGUCACUUGGAGGAGUUACGCAAGUUAAGAGGUGUCAGAGGGUUGAUAUGGCGCGAUGUGCUGCUGUGGUGCUCGGGGCAGUGGAGCAAAUAAUGAGUGAGGGAGGUUUGUAA